AUGUGAAAUAGUGUUGCGUUGACGGUAGGCUCCGUCGCGAAUCGCGAAGAUUAAUAUAAAAUUUUAUUUCAAGUAAAAGGGGCAUGUACGAAUAUUCAAAAAUAUUAAUAAUUGAAAAGAGUGAAAGACAGUACUUCGAUGUGAAAAUAAUAAAAGAAAAACUAAGUGUGUGGUGGCCGAGUAUAGUAAUAUAAAUAACUGUGGUGCGAUCUUUGGGUGGAGUGGUACAAGUACAGAGCAAACAGUACGAUAUUUGCUGUGGUUGGUAGGAGCGGAGCGGGUACAUCAUGUGGUGUUAAAAGGGAGCGUGAUUCAUAACAGCAUCGGUUCAGUGGACAGGUCACAAACAGCACGCCUUCGUUGUGAACUUGGGAACUAGCCAAGGCAAUCUUGUUUCGAACACAAAACCGCAACAAAAACCCGCACUAGCGCGAACGGAUAUUGGUUUUUGUGGUCUGGUUCUUCGAAAACGCUUCAUAUGUAGGCAACAAGACCUUAAGCUCGUGAUAAACUCAGUGAACGAUUAGAAAAAUUGUGAAUCGGUAGAUUGAUAAGAUAACUCAACCAGUGCUCAAUAAAGUUUAUUUCCGUAAUAAACAACCGCGCAAUCUCAUUGCGGUUGACGUUAGAGUUUAGUGGUCAUCGCAAUAAAGAAGACAGAGUGGUAACAGUUUGGAAAAGAAACCCGCUUUGCUGUGUGCAAAACUUGCAGUGUCACUUAAUUACUAUGUAGUGGGACCAAUAUUGUCCAUCCAAACACACAAGUUAAGUGUUCCCAAGUGUAAUUCAACUUUGUUUUUUUUUGUAUAUUGCAAAGAAAACCUGACCCAAGACAUAACGAAGAACACGCGCCGGUAGCGGCGUCGUCGUCGUCGUUGUCGCCGUCGUCUCCCCAAACGCGUGGAAGUCCAGUAAAAAUAGAACUUGGAGAUCGUCGUCGUCGUCGUCUGCUGCAACGUGGGAGAAGUAGUACACUGCAAAGUCUGUCGAGCAGCUGCCCAGCUGACCAGGGGGGAAAAGAUGAGUCCCAGUGGCAAUAAUUGGGAUGUGAAUCUCGCUUUACCGACUCUUUUCAGGCUGUACAUAGUAACCUGGAACGUAGGCACUAAAUUUCCGGAGAACCUUUCACUUAACAAACUACUGGGGCUGGAUCUGACAUCCGGACAUGACGCAGACCUUCCAGAUUUUUUCGUCGUUGGCUUGCAAGAAGUUAAUGCCCAACCGCAGAACACACUGUACAACCUGUUCAAGGAUGACCUGUGGACCCAGAAGUUCAAAGAGCUGCUCAAGGAGCGGGAUUACGUUGUGAUAAAAACGGAACAGAUGCAGGGCUUGCUACUGUCAGUAUUCGCCAGGCGGAAACACUUGCUUCACCUGCGGCAGAUCGAAACCGAAUACACCCGAACAGGGCUCGGUGGGAUAUGGGGUAACAAAGGUGCUGUUAGUAUAAGAUUAAACGUUUACGGGUGUUCUAUUUGUUUGGUAAACGCUCAUCUGGCCGCUCACGAUCACAUGCUGGAGGAGAGGAUAAAUGACUACGAGAAGAUAGUACAGGAGCACAAAUUUCACGUCAAAACGAAAGAGUCCAUUUUCGACCAUGACUACGUAUUCUGGUUCGGUGAUCUCAACUUUCGGUUAACGGGUGAGGCUACAACUUCAGCGGAGGAAAUUCGGACAAUGGUGGCGAAGGAUCAGCUGAAGAAAUUGAUCGAUAAAGAUCAACUAUUGCUCGUCCGGCGGGAACACCGAGCUUUCCAAAAACUUAACGAACGUUUGCCACAGUUCCCACCGACUUUUAAGUUUGAGCAAGGCACUAACGAUUACGACAUGAAGCGACGACCCGCAUGGACGGAUCGGAUACUGUACGCCGUUAAGGAGAACAACUACCGGAACGUGAAACUCUCGGUGGAUCAGACCUCCUACAAAAGCCAUCCCAGCUAUAACAUUAGUGACCACAAGCCGGUAUCUAGUGAGUUCACGAUCAAGUGCCAAAUCAAACCCAAAGAAGAGUUCAAUCACAAAUAUUACGCGACAGAACGCAGCAAAAAGCGCGCUUUAUUGCUGAAGACCGUCAAUCAUCGGGUUGUCCGUAAGCCCCAGUACAGUGGUGAGCGUUUCAAGGCCCAUCACCAUCAACGGCUCAGCUACCGGAUGGCGAUCGCCAACGGUACCGAGUCCACUGCACCACCAUUCAACUCAUUCGAUGACCUCGUUUCCGAUCUGAUUGAUGGCGCACAGGUGUACGAGGACACGACAGAGCGGACGAUCGUAUUCAAACCGAUCGAGCUGUGGUCGGUGGGUGAACCGAACAAGAUUGAGUACACGAUCCCGGCCGGGUUCGAGGAGGGUACUGCCGACUGGAUCGGCAUUUAUCGGGAGGAUUUCACCAGCCUGAGCGAAUACCUGGCGUACGAGUACACCGAGGGCUACAAGGAGAAGCAACACCAACUGAACGCACAGCAACAGCAGCAGAUGAAGAACACCCGAACGGUUGAGUUGACCUUCUCCGAAAAUGUUAGCGUUCCGCUGGGCGUUCGCUACCAACUACUGUACUUCCAGAGCACGGGUACGCGUGGUGUGACGGGUCUGGUGGGCAUUAGUAACACUUUUGCAGUGGAAAAACGAUGCCCCUCGCCAUCCUUCGAUGAUAUCGAUUAGCCGGGAAGGAGCAGCCACAGUGGAAACCACUGCACUGGCUCAAAAUAAUGAACAAUAGGAAAAGUAAACAGUUUCUCGCCGGGCACUCGAGUGUGAUAAAUUAUAGUCACUAAAUUUAGCUGUUAUAACGCGUGAUAAGGACGGUUAAAAAUUGGGUCAUUUAGUUUGCUAUGAACUUACAGUUACUGUUCAAAGGGGCCUUUUGAUUAGAAUUAUUCGUAAUAGAAGCGAAUGGGGUUACCUUUAUCUAAUUGGCUAAAAUGAGCACGAAUGUGUUGGGGUCAACGUGAUCAUCAAUGCGCGAAGUAGAUGUUAGUGACAUUGAAUUAGAAUUGUAUUCUUCAAGAGAUUUCCUGGGUGGUGGACACAACUGUUGGUUUAUGACUCUUCCCCCUGUUGGACAACAACGAUAAAAACAUAGGUCAUGCACAUAGAACAUGUCAAGAUGUAUUUGAAAAGGCGCAAUUUUCUUUGUAUAAAUUUUCUCUAACCGACAGUAUGAAGCUGUACCGUAGUAUUUAUUGAAUGAAGUUAUAUAUGAAGCAAAUAUACGAUGAAACAAAAUUUUAUAAACUAAAAGCUUGUUUGAUGAACUAGUCAACUAGUCGUAAGUCAGUCCCAUGUUCCAUUGAUUCUCUAUCCACAUGGGACUGACUUGCGAUUAUAGGCAGUCAAACAGAUGAGCAAGUUGUUCAACUUGUAGUCCAAUUCUUGAGGCUGCUGCAAUUUUGAAUGCUGAAAAUAGAUAAAUUUUAAAUUUUUUGCCACCUCGGAUCUUCUCUUUAUACCAACCAAAAACGAAACAUUGCGUCCAGCACAUUUCCCUGUUUGCACCAGACUUUUAAGUAUAGCCUUUCCGCGGAGUUGUUGAUUUUAUAGUAGAACUGCUACGUGAACACUUAGAGCAUUAUUACAAUUGGAACAGCCGCCAUGAAACGUUUUGAUACAAGAUAAGAUGUAAAUUAAGUUAGCCAAAUGGUUAUUUGUUGCGCUUGUGCACCAAAACCGAUAGAAUAAAUCUAAAUUCAAAAAAAUCAACGCAAAUUUAAUUGCAAAUAAAUAAAUUUAUCAACUAUCAACUGAGCGACUGAAAAUAAAAGUCGCAAGAACAGAACAUGCUUUGUAAAACUGGCUUGAAACAUAUUGGAAUGUCUAAAUCGGAUAUAAACUUCAAGCGUAAAAAUCGGACUGGCACUUCAACCGGUUCUUACGAAGUACUUAUCUUUAUCGAACUUUUAAUCUUGAACGUAACGUUAUAAGGGUUGUCCAGUGAUUGAAUUAUUUAUUUUAACCGGUAUGCUAGAGGCUUAUCGGUGGAGAACUUUCUACACGGUUCUUAUGCUGGAUGAUCUCAGUCCGAUAUUUACGCGUGAAGUUUAUAUCCGAUUGUUACAGUCUAAUAUAUGAGCGAACGAAAAUAAGUAUGGCAGGGAUAGAACAUGCUUCGUAAAACUCGCUUCCAAUAUAUUAGAACGUAAAAAUCGGAUAUAAACGUAAAGUAACAAAAUUUGACUGAGGCUCUCCUCUGUUAGAGUCAGAUAAAAAAAAAACGCUUGGUAUAAAAACAACCAAGCAUAUAUCCAAUUCUCUCAAGAUAGUUUUGUGUAGUCAACCAUUAAUCUUGAAUGUGGCGAUAUACAAAAGCUCGUGCGUAUGACUUGAUUACUGUCAAAAGCAUCUUUUAUUGGAACUUCAUCUUUGUCGAGUUUUGUAGUUGAGAACUUUUGAGGCGUUUCUGAUGCUUAAGGAUUUCAGUCCAAUAUUUACGCGUGAAGUUUAUAUCCGAUUUUUACAAGCUAAUUAUAUUUAAAACGAGUUUUACGAAGCAUGUUUUGCCCUCGGCAAUUUUAUUUUCGGUCGCUCAGCUAUGUGUUGAUGACUGUCAAUAACCGCAUAUUUUCCAUCAAGGGAUUCCCCAUCUUCGUGGGACUGACCGGCGAUUAUGGGUAGUUAAUAAUGCUGAUAUACCAAAAUGUCCCCAUCGCCAACAGAACUAGAACAACCCCUUCGAAAGGGACGAACAAAAAACACGGUCCUUUUUCAAAUAGGAAUUAGAAUUCAACCACUUUGCCAAAAUUCGGACCACUGUUUUACGCUUAAGUUCACAACUAGUUUAGUUCAAUAGAUUAUCGAAUGAUAGGUUAAAGACUACUGCUACGCUGUGAAGCUCUUAUAAAGCAGUUACGCUUUGUUGUUGUCUGUAUUCAAGAUACAGAUGAUUCUUUGCAAAUAUCGUUGUAUAAACAAUCGCGGUAGAAUAAACUACACGAAGCUACUAUAGCUAUCAAGUUUACAUUGCUAGAAACGCAACACUAUCGAGAGUCAGAUGCACUAAGUUGAAGCUUGUUUACACUUAAGUAUCUAUAAAUCACACCAGUAAACAAUAAACUGCAUAUGGAGCAUUUCAGCAUUGGAGAUAA